AUGGUGUCGAUCGACAAAGAAACGGUGUACCUAGGAAAUCUACGAAAGAACAUUCUAUCUAAGGAUCUUAAAGACGAUGCUUUGACUAAAGGAAAAGAUUUUCAACAGAAUCAGAAUCAACACAACCCAUAUCCAUUAGAUAAUAGACAGAAUACUGUAACAGGGAAAGGUGAUGAAGCUCAUCGUGAGUUUUACUUAGAAGGGGAGCAACUAGGUAAUGAAACUAGACAUAAGGAGUUCAAAGAAGGUUGCAUAGCAUUUGACAAAAAUGCAAGGAAGGAGCUUUUAUCAAAAUACGUAUGCGCAUUCCUAAACAGUGGCGAGGGCGGAACAUUGUAUCUCGGGGUAGAUGACGGUGGGGAUUAUAAAGUGAUAGAACUAACAGUCCGUCGUAAUGAAGACAUGGAUCGAUUGUAUUACACUCCCCAAGGAAUGUUUCUUAGAAGAGACGGAAGCGUACAUAAAUUGAAAGCCGAAGAAGUGCAAGAGUGGGCAUUUCAGAAAAGUCAGAAGACGAUUAGGAAAUUGGAGAGAAUAAUUGAGGAAAUGGAGGAAAGUAUGAAAGAACUAUACGAGAGAAGAAAAAAGGAUGAACUUCAAGGGAAAAGCAAACUCUGUCUGAUCUUAUAG